UCCGGCUCUGACCGUGCGGAGGGGACGCGUUGAGGUGGGCGCAGCAUCCAGAGAUACAAAGAAGACGGCAACAAUGGCCGAUAUAUCGCUGUAUCUCACUACCGUUAAUGUGUCGGUAGGACAGACCAUGGACGUGGAGCAGACUCAGAGCCCGGGUAAAGACUUUGAGAGUGUGGAGCUGGGGGAGCUGGACAAGAGAGAGGAGCAGCAGCAGAGGGAGAAGGCUCCUCGCAGGAUUAUCCAUUUCUCCAGCGGGGAGACCAUGGAGGAGUACAGCACGGACGAGGAGGAGGGAGAGGACAAGGAGCCGGAGAGGAAAGACCUGCUGUCCUCCCCAGUCGAUGCGGUGAGGUCUAAGCUGACCUGGGGUCCAUACUUCUGGUUUCACAUGUGGAGAGCGGCCACGUCCACCAUCUCAGCCUGUGACUACCUGGGGGAGAGGAUGGCCUCCCUCUUUGGGAUAACGUCAGCCAAAUAUCAGUACGCUAUCGAUGAAUACUACAGGAUGAAGAAAGAGAGGGAGGAAGAGAAAGAGGAAAACCGCCUGUCGGAGGAAGCAGAACGAUCCUUUGACCAGCUACAGGCCCAGGGAGAUGAAGACGAAGCGAUCACCGUGGCAGACGCGCUGGAGGUGGCCGCUGCUCGCCCUGAUGUGAUCUAUCAGGUUGAGAAUGAAAACCAGGCUCCAUCAAGCACCAUAAUAGUCCCUGCGAUUGUCACGGCAACCUAACCCUAUCCCUAGAAAUGUGUUGUUGUUAAAGAAGGAACCGCGUCUUGUUUCACCAAGCACCGUUUGAUUUGUGUACGACACAGCUUUAGAUGGGCAGUGCUGCUGUAUUGUGGUUGUUUGGCAAAGAGCAGUAGUGGUGGAAUGACUCCUCUGGUUACUAAGUGUCCCUUUGCAACAGUGUAGCAACUGAUAAAGUAACUGCUGAUAAUGGAGCAACAUAUUUGGAUGACAGGUGUCAUGAAAAACAUACAAACAUACAACAAUGACACAGAAAAUGUUACAUUAUUAUCUGCGAAUGCAUAGUCUAGUUGAAGUAAUUAGCGCGUCCUUUAUCCAUCCUUUUAUCAGUUGCCACAGCAGCCUCCCGAAUCUGAACGACUGCUAUGGAGUGAAGGUUAAAUGUUGCUCCCCUGUGCCUCUGACAGACCAGACACUGUGCCUAAAUCACCAAUACAGCCAAGUCAGUGACAGAUCUGGACAGUGCAUAUAUUUGAAAAUGAUUGACUGGUCAACUGAUUGAUUUCAAAUAUUUGACGGAUGAUGUACAACAGCUGUUCUCGUCCACAUCUGGUCAAACUGGUGCAUUCUUGAUACACCUGGCUGCACCAAAGAGCUGGCUAUUUUAACACUCCCUCACCUGUUCAUUUGCUCCAUGUGUUUUUGUAUUAAUGCUUAUUAAGCUCGCAUUGCACUCAGUGUCUGUGGGGAAGCACUGAGCUGAUUAAGCCUUGGUUAUGAAAUCAUCUGUGGACCACCUGACUGACAUUUUGUCAAAAAAACCAAUGAAAACGGGUUUAGGUGUCCUGUGUUGCUCUUAUUAUCUGCCUUAUCUACUGUGGACAUAAGCAUAGUAGAUGUGGUGUAUAUGCCUUUGAUAAUGGCAGGGAGCAUUGUUACACUAAGUCUGUAUAAAGACUUGUAAACUUACAUUUUUAACGGUUUUUAGUACAACUUUUGAUAUUUAUGUAUUUAUUUAAUUGAACUCACAAGCACUUAAUUUAAGGAUUGUUUUCUAUUGAUUUAGUAACACUGUAAUUAACUGUUAAUAAAAUCAUAAUUAUCGUCUGACUUUUA